UUGAUUCUUGGAACGAGUCGACGCGAGUAGCGAGGUGCGCGUCCAUCAGUAAUAAUUAUAUUUUUUCUAGUAAAUUAUCACGUUUUCUAGUGUUUGAAAGUUUGAAUUUUAUAAUAUUGCGUUAAGAAGACAGUUUAUCAACGUGGGUUACUAAAAUAACGCUGUGCAAUACUUGAUUAUUCAAGCAAACGUACCGCCAAAAUCAACAAAAGAAUCUCGCAACCAUGGACGACGAGCUGGUAACCUGCCCGUACAACAAGGAACACCGGAUCAUCCGGUACCGGCUGCCAUACCACAUCAUCAAGUGCAAGAAGCAAUACGUUGGUAAACAGCUGGAACCGUGUCCAUUCAACGCAAUGCACCUGGUGGACAAAAGCCAAAUGACUGCCCACAUCAAAGACUGUCCGGAUUACCUGAUCACGGUGGAGAACGACAUGAUCAAAGAAUACGCACCAUCCCGGAGCGGGGUCGGUACCGGUCGGCUGUCCCGGGCGUCCUCGACGGCCAUUCAGCAGCGAAGCCAACAGAUGUGAUAUUAAGCCACAUUUGAUGCGGCAAGAACUAGCUUUUAUAAUUUUCUAAAACUGUAAGUUGGACUAUGAAUCGAUUACGUUUGGGAUGAGAUGGACGUAUGAACGAUGUGUAAAUUAAUACAUGUAAGGCAAUCUGAUCCUUACCGUUGAAUAUGUAA